UAUGAUUUCAAAAUAUUGUCGUAACCUCAAAGCUCAAAGUGAUAGCCAAUCAACCAGUUUCAAAGUUAACUAGUUUUAUAAACAAUAAUACAAAAAAUUAUCUUAUUCUACCUGUUUAUUUUUAAUCAGUUGUUGAAGUUUUAUCCAGGGCUUUCAUCAUUAUGACGGAAUGGAAGGGAAUGGUUUACCCUGAUGAAGAAGUAGAAUUGAAAGACAAAUCUGCCUGUUCUGCAAUACGAGCUGAUCUUAAAAUGUGUGUUCUUCAGUCAGAUUGCUGUAAAAAGUUGAGGAAAACACCUCGCGAAUGUUUACUUGCCAAUGAUGUACCCAAUGAAUGUCAGGCUCUUAGGAACACAUUCUUCGAAUGCAAAAGAUCUCUGUUGGAUAACAGAGUGAGGUUCCGUGGUAGAAAAGGCUAUUAGCUGUCAACUGAACAGACUUCUUUUUACUCCUGUAAUAUAUUUUCCUCUAGCUGUUUGUUAUUAGAGAACAUUUUCAACACCAGUGCUCUAUAAUUGAUACUGGGGUUUCGUUUCUUAGAAGUAUUUAUAUCGUGUAAAUAAGUUGUAAGUAUUGAUUAUUAAUUAUGUAAAAUAAAAUGCUUUCAUAUAACUUUA